UGAAGCCUGGGCUCGUCUUGACCACAAGUUCGACUUGAUGUAUGCCAAGCGUGCCUUUGUUCACUGGUAUGUCGGUGAAGGUAUGGAAGAAGGUGAGUUCUCCGAAGCUCGUGAAGAUUUGGCUGCUCUUGAAAAGGAUUAUGAAGAAGUUGGCUCUGAUUCUUUGGGUGACUCUGAAAUUGAAGAAGAUGUCGAAUAUUAGUUCAUUCACAUUUAUUAUUUAUUCUAUCUACAUUCGCCUUCUGAGAUAAGCGAAAGAAAGAGAGAGAAAAGAAGAAAUCAAUAUACAUAUAUACAUAUAUAAAAAACGUCCAUAUAUCCUUCCCUUUAUACAUUUUAAAUAAACUUUAGCUUUAAGCCUUUUUUUUGGGAUGUAA